UCGCCGCAGGUUUUCGAUCUUUUUCUUUAGAAUCGCUUGGAUAUCUGAAAGCUAUUUUCAGUCUUCCUUACGUUAUUAUUUAAGCGUAAAAGUUUUCAAUUUUUACUUUUAAGCAUCAUGACUGGACGCGGAAAAGGAGGCAAGGGACUCGGGAAAGGAGGCGCCAAGCGUCACCGAAAGGUGCUCCGUGAUAACAUCCAGGGCAUCACGAAGCCAGCCAUCCGCCGUUUGGCCCGUCGCGGUGGUGUCAAGCGUAUUUCCGGUCUCAUCUACGAAGAGACCCGUGGCGUCCUGAAAGUGUUCUUGGAGAACGUCAUUCGCGAUGCGGUCACCUACACCGAGCACGCCAAGAGAAAGACCGUCACCGCCAUGGACGUUGUCUACGCGCUCAAACGCCAGGGAAGAACCCUCUACGGAUUUGGUCUCUAAUAAGAUACUUAGAUCUUUAUUUGUACUGUAUUUGCACAGCAGUUGUUGAUUGUCUUACGUGCAGUAGUAUUUGCAGUUUGUACAGAUCAAGUUACCCACCUAUGAUUGCGGUCGAUCGUAAUGUUAUCAUUUAGUGUAUUGUUUAUUGUCGUUGAAUUUUUGCAAGAUGAAUGGAAGCAAAAUCAGUUAAACCGUGAAAUGUGUGGAAUCAAUAAAAGG